CACACAUUACACCGCAUCAAAGUAGUCGUGUGCGUGGCCGACAUUACGCCAUUGACAUGGCCGGCGGGAGCAAGAAGCCGUAUGUGGUCGCUGUGGCAAUCCAGACCAUCAACAUGGGCACCUUCAUCGUCUCCAAGGCCGCCUUCGACAGUGGCAUGAACACCUACGUCUUCAUCUUCUACCGCCUCGCCGCCGCCACCGCGCUCCUCCUCCCAAUGGCGCUUAUCGACUGCGCUUGCCGCCGGAGCCGAUCAACAACCUCAACACCAGCACAAGCGAUGUCAUGCCGGCUGCUUUUCAAGUUCUUCAUAUAUGCCUUGCUCGGGAACACAUUUACCCUCAACCUGUACCACGCGAGCCUGAAGCAGACCUCCGCAACGGUGGCUUCGGCAGCCACCAACUCCAUGCCCGUCGUCACCUUCCUCCUCGCGCUGGUUCUGGGGAUGGAGACAAUCAAAUUUCAUAGGCGCUCUGGUUUAGGCAAGCUCGCAGGUGUAGCACUCUGCCUCGCCGGAGUGCUCGUCGUCGCCUUCUACGCCGGCCCGUCCAUACGCCCCCUCGCCCAUCACCCUGUCUUCCCUCACAUGACGCAGAAUGUCGGCAAUGAAGUGUGGAUCAGAGGCACAUUCCUUCUCAUCCUCUCUUGCACAACCUGGUCUCUCUGGAUUAUCUUGCAGGUUCCAUUGCUCAUGGAAUAUCCUAACAAGCUGAUGGCUACCGCGAUGCAAUGCAUGUUUAGUGCACUCCAGUCCUUUGUCGUCGCAGUGGUGGUAGAGAAGGACUUCACCCAAUGGAAGCUUGGGCUAGACAUUGGCUUCCUUGCGGUCCUCUACUCGGCCUUCUUGGGGACGGGUGCGUUGAUGUACCUACAAGCAUGGUGCGCGGAGAUGAGUGGUCCGGUGUUUGUCGUGAUGUGGAAUCCAUUGGCUUUGGUUUUCACUAUGUUUUGCUCAUCAUUGUUCCUCGGAGAAGUUGUCCACUUGGGGAGUAUUUUGGGAGGGUUUCUUUUAGUUGGUGGUCUAUAUAGCGUGCUUUGGGCUAAAAGCAACGAAAAGAAAAAUAAGACACUACAAGUGAUGCCAGUGAAAAGUCAAGGUCAAGAAGAUGAAGCGACAACACAGGAAAACUGCGAAGAGGCAAAACUAACAUCACAAGUAUAAACAGCAACUGACACAGGAAAAGCGAGACCCAGGUUGAACAACCAAAUUUGCUGAAUCGGACGUUCGCGCGGUGACUGGCUGAAAUUUCAGCCGGUGCGCCCGGGCCUAUCAAUCUCGUAAAAAUUAUGUGGAGUACUAAAAAAAUUUUUUUGGUUAA